AUGACCUCGGAGAGAAAACAACGGAUUUUGGCCCCUGCAGCCCCAGUUAAGGACCCCGUGCCACGAGCUUUGGUGAGAAAGGUUUCUACAGCUUGCUCAAAUUGCCGCCUCAAGAAGGCGAGGUGCAGCGGAACAGCACCAUGCGACUCCUGUGUCAAGCACGAUCUCGAAUGCAAUAUCGACGAGGCCACGGACUCCCGCCGCAAAAUUAACCUUAAGCGGAAGAUUGACAGCUUAGAAGGCGACCGCGAUCUGUUCGUGCAGGUACUGGAGAUAUUAAGAAAUGGUGGCGUCACUCGGGUGCAUUCCCUAUUGCAGUUGAUUCGCAGCAAUCCCUCGUUGGAAGAACUUCAACUCUUUGUCGAGGACAAGCUAAAAGAUAUCAAUGCCCUCGAUUCUACAAUAGAUGAAGUUCGGUUGCCAGAUGACUUUGUCGUCAAAAUCCCUCGGAGAGUGCUCAACAUCAAGCGACUCGCCGAUCAACCUGUCUUUCGUGUACCCGCAAUACCCUGGACUAGAAUAACCGAUGAUGAUCACUUUGUCUCGCACCUUGUCUCCUUAUAUUUUACGUGGCGCUAUCCUUGCUUUCCCUGCCUCGACCAAGACAUAUUUAUACGCGACAUGAAAACAGCCCAGCUCAGUUCCCAGUUUUGCUCGCCUUUCCUGGUUAAUGCCAUUCUGGCUGAUGCCUGUGCAUACUCAGACUUUGCAGAGGCGUACGAAGUCCCCAGCGAUCCGUCUACGCGAGGAUUACACUUUUACAACGAGGCGAAGAGAUGUUUCGAACAAGAAGAUGGGCGUUCUACCCUAGCCACAGUACAAGGGCUGGCAGUGUUAUCAACUUGGUACGACUUAAUAUUUAGUGCGUGCUUUAUGGGCAAAGACAGACGGGGAUGGAUAUACCAGGGCCAGCUUGCUUUUGCUGCGAAGGAGCUUCAACGCACGCUUCGCACCGUAUCCUCUGGUUCUUCCAACGAGGCAUCUGAUAUACGACGGGUUACCGAGCUUACUCUUUGGGGUUUGUACAACAUGACAAUCGCAACCGCCUUCGCUUACCAAAAGCCGCCGUUGAUCGAAAAGCCUAGCCGUCCAUGUCCGCCUAGUUUUCAUGACAAUGACGGUCCUCUAUGGCACCCUUAUCCGCACGACGGUGAUAGUCUCCAGGGGCACUACAUGUGCUAUUUCAAUGGCUUAUCUGAGCUAACAACAAUCGUUGACGAUUGGUGCACGUUGCUCUUCGACAGCUUUACGAUUCCGACGCCUGGUGAGGUUCAGGAUAUGGAAAACAAAGUCAGUAAACGUCUGGGAGUGUGGGAAAAGACCCUCAAGCCAUGCCUCAGGAUCGAACCUGGGCGUGUGAUCCUCCCCCACGUAUUAUGUCUACAUAUGUAUUAUCACAAUACCUGUAUCACAAUUACGGAGCUCGCCAAAACAGCAGACCAUGGCACACAAGAACGGCAUUUGGGGCCAGAAGAGAUGUCUCUUUCAGCUGCUCGUCAAAUCGCCGGGUUGAUGGAGAUACACCGGUCUACCUGGGGCAUAGAUAUAUUUCCAGCAAGCCAAAUUCAUUGGAUUGCCGUGGCCAUGUUCACUCUCUUGGGACAACUUGACGUGCCAGCGAACCAAGGAGCGUUUAUCAAUCUUUGUGUGGCGGCAAAAGUAGCCUCUCGACGCUGGCCUCUUGCACGGGGCACAUUACGGACUGUUCAAGUCACGGCCAAAAAGCUUGGGGUAAGGCUUCCGCCUGAGACAGAUGCACUGUUCAUAGAUUUCGAAAGGGAGAUUUGGGGGCCUAGGGGUCGCAACGGACUCAGCAGCCUGUAUCCCAAUUUUGCUGUUCUGACAGGAACAUUACGAAACGAAGCCGUUGAAAUGGACAAGUUUCUAGAGAAGGAGGAUGACUUGGAGGCUCUUGACCUUGCGGAAGAUGAUGAAAUGGUAUUGUAG